CUAUACACAGCUGCACUGAAUGAGCUUAUAUUUUUGGAAGGCAUGGGUUGAAAAAAAAGUCACUCCUCAAAAUAAUAAGAAAGUGGCAACACCAUCCUAUCAUUACCUCUUUCGUAAUCGAUGAAGAUGAUGCAGCUAUGUGGGGGGUGGCACAGAGGAUCCCAGGAGCAUGUCAACCAUCAUGAGGUCCAUCUUUAACCUGGUGAGUCCAGAAGACCUCCCCCAUCCCCUUUAAUGUGGAGUGGAGCACCCUAUGAAGGGAUUCCAGAGCUGUCCAGUGGGCACAGUCCUGUCCUGAUUACCUCCUUGCCAGUGAUCAGACAUGAUGGAGGUGAAUGUGACUUGUUUGGAUUGCUGGACACCUGGUUCUGCUGCUGCUACAGACCAAGGAGAGGAAAAAGCUUCUCCUGGAGUAACCACUGCUCUUGCAGUUGUCCUGAUCUUCACCAUUGUUGUGGACAUCCUGGGCAAUGUAUUGGUCAUCCUUUCAGUCUUCAGGAACAAGAAGCUCCAGAAUGCUGGUAACAUCUUUGUAGUCAGUUUGUCUGUUGCUGAUCUGGUAGUUGCAAUCUACCCGUAUCCAGUUAUACUCAUCGCUAUUUUUCAUAAUGGAUGGACACUUGGAAACGUCCAUUGCCAAAUUAGCGGCUUCCUAAUGGGUCUAAGUGUUAUUGGAUCAGUAUUCAACAUUACAGCCAUAGCUAUAAACCGUUACUGCUAUAUCUGCCAUAGCCUCAGAUAUGAUAAGCUUUACAACCAGAGGAGCACAUUUUGCUACUUGUGCCUAACAUGGAUGUUAACAGUUAUUGCAAUUGUGCCAAACUUUUUUGUUGGAUCAUUACAGUACGACCCUCGGGUUUUUUCAUGUACUUUUGCUCAGACUGUUAGUACCUCGUACACUAUAACAGUGGUUGUUAUACAUUUCAUUGUCCCUCUGGCCGUGGUGACAUUUUGUUACUUGAGGAUAUGGGUUUUGGUUAUCCAAGUGAAGCAACGAGUGAGACAGGAUUCCAAGCAAAAGUUGACUCAGACAGAUCUGCGUAACUUCCUCACCAUGUUUGUGGUUUUUGUCCUCUUUGCCGUUUGCUGGGGACCGUUGAAUUUCAUUGGCCUUGCAGUAGCCAUUAACCCAUUCUACAUGGCACCCAAGAUUCCUAACUGGCUGUUCGUUCUGAGCUACUUCAUGGCUUACUUCAACAGUUGCCUCAAUGCUGUAAUUUAUGGUGUUAUGAACCAAAACUUCCGCAAGGAGUACAAAAGAAUACUGAUGUCUUUGUGGACUCCUAGGCUUCUCUUCGUAGACACUUCAAAAGGUGGAACUGAUGGGAUUAAAAGCAAACCAUCACCAGUUGGAACAAAUAACAAUCAAGCAGACAUGUGUGUGUAAGAUAAGACAAGCUGCCAUUUUGUAUGCAUUUUAAGUCAAUUUAACUCAUUAAUCAAAGUUAUCUUUCUGGCAUUUAUUUUCUCCGCUAUGUGCCUAAAUCACGCACUGUUCUUACAAUUAAUAAAUAAAGAAAACAAUAUAUAAGAAAACAAAACAAAAUGAACACACAUGAACUAUCAACAUUACUUGAAUUUAAAAUCUGUAUUUCCUUUUGACAAAAAAAUUAUUUUUGUAUUAAAUGUUUUUGAAUGUGGACCAUUAUUAUUGAGUAUUAAUAAUCCAACAGGAAGGAAUAAUUCAUCUGACAAAACACACAGUGGAAACAAAUGAAACUAAACC